AUGAGCUUUGAAGUCCACCAAAACGACAACACCUCUACUUUCUUCCUAUUCAUCUGCACUUCACGAGCACUCGGGGUCCUAAUGGACACAAUUUGUAUAAUUUAUAUCAGCGCUGUUAUCGUCUAUAUUAUGCUAAACACCGAUAGUAUUCCCGGAGGAAAUGCUGGACUGUUAUUAAUAUCGGCCAUAUCUACAAACACUUUAAUCCAAUAUGUUACUAAAUUAUCGGCCGAAGUCGAGUCCAAUAUGACUGCUGUCGAGCGAGUGCUCGAAUACACAGCCAUUAAACCCGAGGCAGAGCUCGAGUCCACUCCCGAUCGGAAACCACCCAAAGAUUGGCCACAAAUGGGAGAAAUACUGUUCAAAAAUAUGAGUCUUCAAUACAACGAAUCGCCGCAUAAAGUGCUCAAAGAUAUCAAUGUUUGCCUCAAAGGGGGAGAAAAGGUGGGAGUCGUGGGCCGGACGGGCGCCGGCAAGUCGUCCAUCAUUGCAGCCCUCUUUCGACUCACAGAACCUUUAGGACAGAUACUCAUAGACGGGAUUGACAUCAAGACUAUUGGUUUACAUGACUUGAGAAGUCGUAUAUCAAUCAUACCUCAGGAACCGGUGCUCUUCACGGGUUCUUUGCGUAAAAAUUUGGAUCCUUUUGACGAACACCCGGACGACGAGCUCUGGUCGGCUCUGGAAGAGGUACAGCUCCGGGAUGUCGUGCAGUCAAUGCCGGGACAGUUGGAUGGAGUGGUUCGCGAAGGGGGCAGUAAUCUGAGUGUAGGUCAGCGCCAAUUGGUAUGUCUGGCGAGAGCUAUACUACGAGACAAUCGGAUACUAGUGUUAGACGAGGCGACCGCUAAUGUCGACCACAGAACCGAUGCUCUCAUUCAGACCACUAUUAGACAGAGGUUUAGAUACUGUACUGUCAUUACGAUUGCCCACAGACUCAACACUAUCAUCGACUCCGACAAAGUGAUGGUAAGCCAGGGUUUGAUAGGGGGUUGGGUUCGCAUCACUUGUGUUGUACUCAUUGUCUAUGUAUUGACUGAUCAGGUGUUAGACGCGGGACGAGUGGUUGAGUACGACAUUCCCCACCAUUUGUUGGACACAAGCGAUGGUCUGUUCAGCAAAUUAGUCAAACAGACGGGAAAUGAAAUUGCUCGCAUUUCACAAACAUUCACAUUUCCACCCUUUGGCGUUAAAAAUUAA